AUGGUUCAGGAAUGUAAUGUCCUAAGAUGCUGUUUAUGCCAAAUCUACCAAGUGCAACAGGUAACAAAACAAAACAAAUGCAAACUUAGGCUGGCAAGCUGUGUGGGGGAAAAGCAGUCGGUCAUCAAGGAGUUUGGACGUAGCUCUGGAGUGGAUUGUAGACGUCAUGUUCAGAAGCUCAAUGCCAGUUUUCUGGGGAAGACAUUUGAGCGGUUCACUAUCACUCAUUGUGGGUUUGGGGAGGCAGCCAAGUGGAGGUCCCGCCAUAUGUCCUUACCUGAGAUUAAAGCACCUGUCUGUCAUCAGCCCCCGCACACCAAGUGA